UGUCAACACCAUUCGCUAGCUUCUUCUUAUUCUGAUUCUAUAUUUGACUUCAUUUAACCACAUCUACAUUUAUUGCAUUCGACGAUACAAUCAGUCGGUGUGUCACUGUUGGAAACUAGUUCAGUUUGUGUGAAAUUCAAGUGAACGAAGAAGAAGCGAAAGAAAAAACUAACCAGAAAUAAUUUAUUUGUUUCAUUUCUCGUGUCGACAUAUUUUUGUGCAAAAAAUCCAUAUGACACAUCAAAUGAGAAUACACAUCGUUGAUAUGAAAUAAAUACACAGCAAUCUAUGACUUGAACGACGAAAAGGAAUCACUACGAAAAACAAAAUGUUUUUGCACAAACGAUUGAAUAGUGUUAAUCAUUGGUGGUUUUUGAUAUGUUUGAAUGUGUGCUAUGGAUUUUAUCUACCCGGUUUGGCACCAGUCAACUAUUGUAGAGAAUCGGAAGCGUCAUCACAAUGUAAAUCAGACGUCACGCUAUAUGUGAAUCGAUUGAAUACAGAAGAGUCGGUGAUACCGUACGAAUAUCAUCAUUUCGAUUUCUGUCACAUCGAUGAAGAAAAUUCACCGGUGGAAAACUUGGGCCAAGUGGUAUUUGGCGAACGUAUUCGACCUGGCCCGUACAAAAUUGAAUUUUUGAAGGAUAUCAAUUGUCAAAAGGUAUGCACAAAAACAUAUCCAAAAGGCGAUUCAGAGGCUGAGAAACGACUGGAUACGUUGCGAAAGGGUAUGAGCUUGAAUUAUCAACAUCAUUGGAUCGUCGAUAAUAUGCCAGUAACAUGGUGUUAUCCAUUGGAAAAUAAGAAAAAGUACUGCAGCAUUGGUUUCCCCAUGGGUUGCUUCUUCCGUCUUCACUCCGAAAGUUAUGAAGGAUGCCCAAUCAGCAAUAAAUACAACAAACCAGGAUCCUACUAUCCAUUCAAUCACGUAAGCCUAACGAUUACAUACCACAGUGGCUUAUCUGAAGAUUGGGGUGGUAGUUUCGGUGCAAAUGGUGGUCGAAUCAUUUCCGUGAAAGUCGAUCCAGCCUCAAUCAACCAUGUGAAUCCAGACAAGCCUGACUGUAGCAACCUUGCUGAACCAUUAGCCAUUCCAUCCAAAUCUGAAAAGCAGAACGUUAACAUCACCUACACAUACUCCGUGAAAUUUGUUCAAGACAACUCUGUCAAGUGGUCAUCACGUUGGGAUUAUAUUCUCGAAUCAAUGCCACACACAAGCAUCCAAUGGUUCAGUAUUCUAAAUUCGUUAGUCAUCGUGCUGUUCCUGUCCGGAAUGGUGGCUAUGAUAAUGCUACGAACAUUGCACAAAGACAUUGCCCGAUAUAAUCAAAUGGAUUGCGGCGAAGAUGCACAAGAAGAAUUCGGAUGGAAAUUGGUUCACGGUGAUGUGUUCCGUCCACCUCGCAAAGGAAUGUUGCUGUCAGUGUUCUUGGGAUCGGGUGCUCAAGUGUUUUGCAUGACAUUGGUCACAUUGGCUUUUGCAUGCCUUGGAUUUUUGUCGCCAGCCAAUCGCGGCGCUCUGAUGACAUGUGCAAUGGUUCUGUUCGUUCUGUUGGGAACGCCAGCUGGUUAUAUAUCGGCACGGAUUUACAAGAGCUUCGGUGGUAUUAAAUGGAAGAGCAAUGUUCUAUUGACUUCAACUGUAUGCCCAGGGGUGGUGUUUGGACUAUUCUUCGUCAUGAAUUUGGUGCUUUGGAGCAAGGGUAGUUCGGGAGCAGUUCCAUUCAGUACACUUGUAGCAUUGCUGGCUUUAUGGUUCUGUGUAUCUGUGCCAUUGACAUUUGUUGGUGCCUACCUUGGGUUCCGAAAACGGCCAUUGGAACAUCCCGUGCGAACAAAUCAGAUUCCACGUCAAAUUCCCGACCAAUCGAUCUACACACAACCAAUACCCGGUAUCAUAAUGGGCGGUGUCUUACCGUUUGGAUGCAUUUUCAUCCAAUUGUUCUUCAUUUUGAACUCGCUGUGGUCCAGCCAAAUGUAUUACAUGUUCGGUUUCUUGUUUUUGGUCUUUUGGAUUCUGGUGAUCACCUGUUCCGAGACAACGAUUCUCUUGUGCUAUUUCCAUCUAUGCGCCGAAGACUAUCACUGGUGGUGGCGAUCAUUCUUAACAUCUGGCUGUACAGCAUUCUACCUGUUCAUUUAUUGUUGCCAUUACUUUGCAACCAAACUAUCGAUCGAAGAUACCGCAUCAACAUUUUUAUACUUUGGAUAUACUCUGAUCAUGGUAUUUUUGUUUUUCCUAAUGACCGGUUCAAUAGGUUUUCUGGCCUGUUUCUGGUUCAUUCGGAAAAUCUACAGUGUCGUCAAAGUGGACUAAGUAAAUAAUCAUCGUUUUUAUUCUCUCGUUUGUUGCAAUUUCGAGCAACAAUCAAACGCAUAAUUUCAUUGGCACGAAUAAGAAACGAAAAUAAAUGAAAACUGUAUUUGUAAUGCAAACUAUACUAAAUGAUAUGAGUGCUGAGUGUAGAAGAAACAUUCUCGCUACUUUCCAUAAAUCCAUGUUCAAACAAUCAAAACUGGGUGUUCGAAUGUUAAUCACUUUGAAUUUCUGUGAAUAUAAAGAAAAAGAAAACCGGCCGAUUUCUAAGAAGAAGAAAAAAAACGAAUCAUGAGUUGAAGAUUUCAUUUUAAAAACUUUAAUCUGUAUUAAUUUCAAAGCAUAAAUAAGACAUAAUGGACGUUGUCGCGCACGCACUGCAAGCAAACAAAUAACAAGUAAACGCGGCUAUUGUUUUUUUCAGAGUUUGAUUAUUUUCCUUGUUUUUAUGUGUGAAUCAGUAAUAAUAAUCGAUGAACACUCGUAUUGAUUGAAGAUCCAUGCAGGCGUUGAGCUGCAAUGUGAACCGCAUUACAUACAAUGAGUCGACUAACGCAACGUUUUCAACGAAUGAGUUGAGAAAAAGGAUUAACAGUUUCAUUUGUGCCAGAUAAUGUACAUUUAAUUUACACACAUACCAUGCCACAUUUACCACAUACUUAUAUUCUUAUCUCACGAAUUUUUUUCAAUCGAAACACACAUGAAGCGCGCAUAUAGAUUGAGAUAAUCAUCAGAAAUUUGCCCAAAAGAGACAAACAAACGAUAUGAAAGUAUGAAAUACGUUUGUUUAUUGGGUAUUGGUUCCUCACAAAAUAAGGCUUCAUAGUUGAGCACACAAGAAGUUCAGCAGAAGCACUACAUUUGCAUAGCGAAUGUGUGUGGUUCAUACUAAUUCUGCGUAUCAAACGAUUCUCUAUGUGUAGUUGUAUGCUCAACUAUGCAGCUUUAUUUUGUAUGUACACUGCUGAACAAACCAUAGCGCAAAUGUGAAUAAGUCUAAGUCAACAACAGAAUUUGAACUAUGACCUGUCAUUCGAUUGCACACUUGCACUUUCACUGCGCGACAACCUCUGCUAACAAACAAUAUGUCUACAAAGCGUAUCUUCUUCAAUUUUCAUUUGUUUUGAAAUAGCGUGAGAAAAACUUUUCUAAAAAAUGCAUACAAGGGAUUGAGAUGAAAACAGUCUUUUUUUUCAAUUCAUGAAUUCGAAUUGAAAUAAACUAUAGUGAUAAACAUCAUAGCAUUAGUCUUGAACAUUGUACUGUUUAACUAAACCUCUUAAUAAAUAAAAUUAAUCUAUGUGGUAUUGAUUAUUAUGUAAUAUAAAUUAAAUAAAGAGGAAAAAUCAAUGAACUAUUAUACUGGA